AUGGUGUCGACAAGAGCAGCAGUCGAUCAAAAUACAAUAGCAGCGGAGAUGCAACGAGAGAUGAACCGCCAGUUGGAGGAAUUGAGACGCAAGAACGAAGAAGAGAUAAAUGCCCUGAGAGAGGAGAACCAGCGGUUGCGAAGGCAACUUGAGCAAAAUUUCCAACAAAGGGAAGAAUCUCACAGUAAUGGAGAAGGAGAGGGCGGCACAGGACGAGAUGGAUUCAAGGUACAGACAACCACCAACCAAACAGGAGCGAGACCCAGAACAGCCAGACGCCACCCCUUCGUGGACGGGAUCAUGGAGGUAGAACUUCCUGCACGCUGGAAGGGAUUGACUAUGAGCCAAUACGAUGGCACUACUGAUCCAGAGGAGCACGUGGACGUAUUCACCACCCAAGCAGGGUUGUACACUUCAGAGGACGCAAUUCUUUGUCGUGUGUUUCCAACGUCCCUGAAGGGUCCGGCACUCAACUGGUUCACACGAUUACCACCUAACUCUAUUGAUUGUUUCGAUACGUUGGUCACCCGUUUCGGCAUUCAGUUCGCCACCAGUAAGCCACACCAUCUCACUUCUCUGGCGUUAGUAAAUAUACGACAGGAGAAGGGAGAAUCUCUGCGAAAGUUUAUGGAGCGUUUCGGAAAGAUAUCGUUGAAUAUCUCUAAUCUAAAUCCUGAGGUCGCCAUGCACCACCUUAUAACAGCGUUAAAGCCUGGCCCAUUCGUUGACAGUCUGUGCAAGAAGCCCGUGAGCAAUUUGGACGAGCUCCGAACCAGGGCAACCAAAUUUAUGCAGAUGGAAGAAUUAAAGGAGUUUCGCAGUACGACCCAAUCAGACACUCGGGAAAAGAAAUACAUCGACAGAGAAAGGGUGUUAGCGCCGCGACCUGACAGUAGGUUCAAGGACUCUAGACAACCAAAGUACAACAGGUACACACCCCUCGUGUCUAAUAGAGUGAGAAUUUUGGAGGAGGCCUUGAAUGCCGACCUAAUAACAACCCCUCAAAGGGUCCCGACUCCCCCAAACGCGGAUACCACUAAGCAUUGUCAGUAUCAUCAGAAUUAUAGGCACACAACGGAGGAUUGUUUUGCCCUGAAAGAUAAAAUCGAAGAGCUUAUACAAGCAGGACACCUAAAUAGAUUUGUCAAACGGGAGGAAGGGGAAUUCUCUUCCAAAGAAGAGCGAAAAGGUAGAUAUGAGGAGCGACCACAAAGAACGUCAAGGUACCAGGAGAUGCGAGAGGAAGGCACUAGAAGGAGGGUUGAGCCCGAGGAAGAUGAUGAACAAGAUGUGAGGGAGAAGCCAUUGAGAGGGGUGAUCAACUAUAUUUCAGGAGGCUUUGCAGGAGGUGGAGCCACUACGUCCGCAAGAAAGAAAUACGUACGAGCAAUUCAGAGCGUCAAUGCCGUAACAGUAUGUCCCAGGCGGCAUAUGCCACCCAUCACGUUCCGAGAUGAUGAUUUCCAAGCGAUUGACCCUCAGCAUGACGACCCAAUGGUGAUAUCAGUAGAGAUCAAGGACUUCACAGUAAGGAAAACCCACCCAGGUAGUUCGGUGGACAUCCUAUACUGGGGCACUUUCAGAAAGUUGAGAAUUCUAGAAGGGAAAAUCCAACAGUACUCAGAACCGAUCGUGGGCUUCUCAGGGGAGCGAGUGAAUACAAAGGGCUACAUUGAUUUGUUCACCAAAUUCGGAGUAGGGAGAACGACGCGAACGGUAAAAAUUUGA